AUGAAGGAAAUCCAUAAGAUGAAGCUGCAACAUGAACAAGCGGCUGAAAUUUUGAACUUCGUUUGUGAGAAUCUAAAAUUUCUGGAUCAGAAGAAAAAUAGCCAAAUUGCAGUAGCUCUGAGAGUUGCAGCUCAGGAUGGGAAUUUAGUAUCAUCACUCGUUUUCUCCCCUGACAAUAAUACUUUGCUGCACGUGGCAGCCAUGUUAGCUCCUGCUUCAAGACUCAAUCACAUAUCCGGUGCUACUUUGCGAUUGCAAAGAGAAAUGCAGUGGUUCAAGGUUGUAGAGAGUGUGAUGGAUCCUGGAAAUAGGCUUCGUCAUAAUGUUAAUGGAUUGACUCCUCUGGACUAUUUCAAAAUAAGCCACGAAGAACUGAGGAAUAAAGGGGAGAAAUGGAUGAAAGUUACUGCAUCUUCUUGCUCAGUUGUUGGUGCUCUCAUCACGACCGUCAUGUUUGCUGCAGUUUAUACAGUUCCAGGAGGAUAUGAUCAAUCUUCUGGGUACCCAAUUUUCGUGAAAGAAAAGCUGUUCAAAAUUUUCUUAAUUUCAGAUGCAUUGUCAUUGUUUGCUUCUAUCACUUCUAUGCUCACAUUUUUAGGAAUCCUUACGUCACGCUAUACAGAAGAAGACUUCCUUCACUCCUUGCCUAAAAAGCUGAUCAUGGGCCUUUCUACACUUUUUUUCUCCAUUGCAACUAUGUUGAUUGCAUUUUCUGCAACAAUGAUUAUCAUGUUGGAGCAUAACUCAUCCCGUUUAGGAGCUUUUUUUCCUGUUAUUAUGCUUACUAGUGUUCAAGUAGUCCUUUUUGUGUUAUUACAAUUCCCUCUCCUUGUCGAAAUAAUUACGUCUACUUAUGGUCGCGGCAUUUUAAACAAGAAGGUGCAGAAGUGGCCAUGA